GUUGUGUUUAACAUCUACUAUGUAGAGGAACUAAAGGCAAUAACAUUCAAACAGGAACAAAAAGAAAAAAAAAUCUGUUGAUCCAUUAUCAAACUAUCCAUUGGACAAGUGGAUCAGGCAACAGGCUCUGCAGGGAAAACACAAACACAGAAUUGUGGCUCCUGAGGACAGAAAUUGAACUCGGAUUCCCUUUGGAGGAAUCUGCCAUUGGUUUAUGGUUCCUGACGGUCAUCCCGCAGUGGACAAUACACUUCUCUGUUGAGGUCUGCAUUACUUUUAACAGCUGAAAGCUCUGCCUUCCUCUGUCAACUGGAUCAACGUAGAAAACAUCAAAUAUGGAAACUGCAGAGGCUGAUUGUGAAAGUGACAGCAUGGACAAAGUGUCUGCCAUGUCUUGUACUGACCUGCAGGGGAAAUUCCUGGAGUGUUCGACAUUGUUUAUAAACCUCUAUGACCAACGCAGAGGCCAACUUCAAACAAGCAUGGAGAAGUUCACAGGCAUAAAUGGCAGUACUCAUAAAAUGCAGAAAACCAAUACGUCCAAGAUAGUGCGAGGUAUGUUUGGUGCAGUUGGGGGUGCAAUACUUGGUGCAGGUUUUGGGACUGUUACUGGUGCAGCAGCUGGUGCCUUUGGUGGAGUUUUCAGCAUGGCUUUUGGCAUACUUGUACAUGAUAUCGGCGCCGUUGAUGCACUUGGCAGCUUUAGCAGUAGCACAAUAGGUGGUGCUUCUGGGGGUGCAGUUGCUGGUGCUCUCGGUGGUGCAAUUGUUGGUGCAGUUGAAGCAGUAAUGCUUCAAGCCAUCAGUGGAGUCGGUGAUGUAGUUUUGUGUUCCUUUGGUUGCAUUAUUGGCGGUGCAUUAGGGAGUCUUUUUGGCAGUGUUGGUGCUCCAGGCGGUGCACUUGUUGGUGCAUUUGGUGCAAUGUGUGGUACAAAUGCCACAAUUGCUUUGCUUGUAACUGAACAUCAUGCUUUGGGGAAAACCAACGAGUCAAAUAAAGAGAUAACAGAGCUAAAGGUCGUUCAGAAAACCGGGGAAGAUUUCCAUGAAAUUAUCACUCCACUUGUGAAAGAGCUCAAAACCAUUAAAGAGAUUAGUGACACGUCCUUCUGCGCCAUUAUGCAGGGGGUUGCCAGGCAAAUUGGGAAUGCUUUAGCAGCAGCAGCAAGGAUGAGGGAAACUCUCGCAGGCAUUAGCAGACCCAAAGACAAAGCAUCAGUGGCUUCAAGAGUCACACACUUCACAAGACAAUGUCAGCAAACAACUGAGGAAUUUGAGAAAAUGAGAACAGAACUAGACAAACUGUUGGCUUAAACUAAGAAUUUAAAUUCAGGACAAGUUGUUCAACAACAGCAGUCAUGAAUCUGACGGAGCUGAAUGCAUCCUAAUCUCUCUUCAAAUCAGGGCUGAAGGAAAUCCAAAGAGAGCUUUUCUUGUUAUGAUUUAUACAUAUGAUAUUCCUCUGUGUACGCGUCAUUGUUGUUUUCUUGCUGUAGCAUUUUGGGGUGAAUUUGUUUUUCAUGCAAGAUUUUUUUGUUAUUUUGACACAAUGCAGAGAAGUGCUUUGGGAACCUUUUUGUUUUCUAAUGCACACUUAUAGAAAGCAGCCUUGGAGAAAAUCCUUAACUGAGGCUGGCUGAGCUCAUACAUAUUCUGCACUUUUUACACCGCAUUUUAUAAUUGUGGCACUGACGAAAUGAAAUUAAAAAAUAGCUGAGGGAUUUGCAUACCCAGUCCUUAUAAUAAUGGGAAGUGCCAUAUUCAUGUUUCAGGGAAGAUGGUUGUGAAUGUUUUGAAUUUCACAUUUGGGAUAAAAAUUCCUUGCCAGCAAUUGAAGGUUUUUCUUAGAUUUUACCGCCGUGGCCAAUAUGAAGAAAUCGGUUCAUGAUAUUUGCUAUUUCCUCUCAUGAGAAUUUGUUCUGUUGAUGUGAUGUUGGUGAAAAAUGUAAUCCUUGUUCAACUGAAUGGACGUUGCCAUGGACUUCCUUGCAUCCUUUCUCUGAAAUUUUGUCCAUUUUGUUUUUCUGAGUGCAAACGUGCAUUAAUGAAAUGUUGCAUGCUUUUGUAAUAGGAAGGAAAUGUAUGAAGAUUUUAAAGGCAACUGAAUAAAU